AUGAAUAGUGGGGUAUGCAUAAAAGGGAGUUUCUACAAUGAUUAUGAGCGUGACUUUUAUGGUAUUUUAGUGGAUAUAAUCGAGUUAGAGUAUUUUGGUAUCGGAAACAAAGUUGUGCUAUUUAAGUGUCAUUGGUUUGACAUUGAAAAAGUUUUAGUAAGUGGUGUUUAUAAAGUCGUUAAUCUUUUGAAUGAGGAUGAAGAAGAUGAUAUACAAGGAGAUGAAGAUGAAGAAGAUGACAUGGAAGGAGAUGAAGAAGAAGAAGAAGAAGAAAAAGAAAAAAAAGAAGUUGAAGACGAAGAUGAAGAAACUUGUUGUGAUGAUAGUGGAACAAUGGUUAAAAGGAAGCAUUCUAAACCCAAACCUAGAGCAACAAAUGCCUCUGUAAUUAUGUCAUUGCCAUCAAAUGCUAGUGUGUUUGCUGAUCUAUCCACUCGAGCACAGAUGCAGCAGAUCAAUGAUAUGCCCUCUGAGCCACCCUCUUUAUUGGCUACAUCUGCAGAACAAGAAGAUAAUGAGACAUUUACUCACGAUUCGUCUAGAUCCACAUCUAUUGAUUUAGGUGCAAGUGUAGAUGGUUCAUCCUCAAGGUUAAGGGGUAGGGGGCUUGAUGUAGGAUUACAGACUUCUAUAGAUCCAUCAGAAAGAUUACUUAUAACUCCUGUUGGAGAGAGGUAAGUGAUCUUGUAUUAUAAUGAGAUAGUUAUAUUUGUUAUAUA